AUGGCGGAGAAGCAAAAAAGGAUAGAGAAGACGCGAGAAGGAGUUCCCAUUUGGGAUGGAGAUGCCGGAACAUAUCAGGAGUUUGAAGAGAGCGCUUUGCUGUGGGAGCAAUCCAUAGCAAUGCACAAGCGCUACUUGUGCGGCCCGAGGCUCCUCACAGAGCUGACGGGCACUGCUCGCAGGUUCACUGUGGGCAAGCAUCCCGAAUGGCUCUCCUUCAAUGGAGGCGUGCAGCGGCUUCUGACGUACCUGAGGUCAAACUUGGGCCUUCCACAGAUGCCUGAACUGACGGAUCAUUUGAGCCGUUACUUCCGGCAGUCCAGGCGCAAGAAGGGAGAGACCAUGAAUGAGUACGUCACUAGAAAGUCAGAACUGUAUGCAAGAGCUCGACAAGGACUCCACAGGGUGAUGUCGCACUAUGAGAAAAAGAAGCCAGCGUGGGAGAAGAGCUACGGCGGCUAUAGCCGUCCGGGGUCCACCGACCCUUGGGCCAACUACAGGAGAGCACCCUCCCUGGCUGGCAGUCAGAACCUGAGUGCUGAGGAGAUUCAGGAUGAUCGGGAAGCGCUUGCUCGACCUGAUGAUCAAGCUGAGGCCACCGAGAAUGCCAUUGAGGAGCGAAGCUCCACUGGUCCAGGUCCUUCAGGAGAUUCCUGGAGUUAUCCGGACUGGUGGUCAAAUGACUGGUGGAGUACCUCUUGGACACCUUCCGAGAAUGCCGACUGGAAUGUGGAAGCCCCUGAACUACUGCCAGAGUAUGUUCAGGGCUGGUACCUCUUGUUUGAUUCUGGCCUGGACACCAACGAGCGCAACAUGAUCGUGGCAGCCCUGAAGGGCGACUUCACUAUGACCCGAGUGGCACAGGAGCUACGCAGCCAGUGGACCGAUGAGGACCUGCGUCGUCGAGAUGCAGCCAAUCGUCACUCCAGCUGGUGGGUGGAUGAGAAUGAAGAGGCCGAGUCUGAGGACUAUGACACUGCCUGGGUUGCCCAGGCUCACCGCAACUUCAAUGACGAGGGCCUCGCACUCCUGGGUGAAGCUGAAGAUGUGGCUCAAGAAGCCCUAGCCAUGAUGGAGCGCGGGCGUCGCACCUUGAAAGAGGCCAGACAGAAGCAACAUCAGGUGAGGAUGUCCCGGAAGUACUACCGCACCAACUUCAAGCCCUCUGGAAGCACCUCGGCUGUAGCUUCUGGCACAGAUCAAAAGUGCUUCCGAUGUGGUGGUCCUCACAAGACUUCAUCAUGUCCAAAGGCAAUGGCAACAACGACAGCCUCUUCAGCCGAAGAACAGGCUGCACCUUUUAUCUGUUUUGCACAAGACCAGGCCACCAAGGACCAUGAGAUUGUGGAGCCCUAUGUCCCGGACGACCUCGAGGUGAACUACCUGGAUGCUGGGUUCUCCGAUGCUUGCCCAGAGGCCUUCUUUGAUGUUGCCGACACCAACAGCAUAGGGCCUAUCUCCACUCAGAUGGCCGUCGAACAAGGCAAGGCUGUCGUUGAUGGAGGGGCUACAAAGACCCUUGGUAGCGUGGUGGCCCUCGAGAAGAUCAUUGCCCUCAACCAGUACAAGCAUGGGACUUCUCGUUUGGCCGAUCUUGACUUGGAGAACAAGCCUACGUUUGGUUUUGGAAAUUCAUCAAAGAACCAGUGCGUGUCCACAGCCUCACUCGAGGUUCAAGCAGAUGGCAGACCUGGACAAGUACAAGUACAUGCGUUGGAUGCGGGAGCAGGACCUGUGCUGUUCUCCAUUGAGUCCUUACGGGCCUUGGGAGCAAUCAUCGACUUCUCUGAGGACAUGGUCGUCUUCCGCAAGAUCAACCCGUCCAAGAUCAUCAAGAUGGAACGUUCGGCCACUGGCCAUCAGCUGCUGCCCAUGACUCAGGAUUGGUACAGUGAUGCUCAGAGCACUGCACAGCCAGGUUUCCAUGGACAUGUUGGAAAAAUCUCAGACAGCAGUCAGUGUACAGAGCCAGAACAACCUCCUCCUGCAGCUCUCCAGCACAAGCUAGACGAGAUCCCCAACGAGCCAGAAUUGGUGCAAGAGCUCCUGAUGACCUUUGGCGAAACAGCUCCAAAACAGUGGAGCAUCAUGGAGAUCGAGAGUCGCCUCUUGGAACUCAAGGAAGCCAACGGGAUGGUCACCCAGAAAGGGAAGGUACGGCCACCGAUGCGCCAUGCCAUGAUCGAACUGAACAAGGCCAGCAAGAAGAAGGCCGACCUGGUGGACUACGUGAACAACAAGCUCAUGGUGAAGACCCGCGGCACAGAGACCAUUCAGGAGCUGCAGCGCUUGGGCACCAAGAAGAUCUACCAGACCACAGCCGCCUCUCCGGAGGAUCCUGUGGGGUUCGGGGAACACUGCAGUCUGCAGUACCACGAGCUUCUAGCCCAACACCCACAGUAUGCCAGCUGGGUCGUGAAGACCGCCACCGAGGGGGAGUGCGACUACCGCCUGGCCCGUCUGGCCAAUUGGCUCCAGAGCCCAGAGGCACAGCAUCCGAUGCCGACCUACAAGCAGACCUCCAGCGGCUACAAGAACACAUCGACGCCGGCCAGCGGCUCGAAUGGCAAGACCGAGAACAUGAUGAUGCAGAUGAUGCAGAUGAUGCACGCCCUCAAGGAGGACGUGGACAAUCUGAAAGCCGAGAGGCCUCACAAGAAGGCCCUGCUAUCACACCAGCGCAUAGAGCUGCUGGAAGUGGCAUGUUCGGCCGACAGCGUGCUGUCUCGCACCAUGCAACAAAAGAAAGGUGACGAGGGUGUGGGCAUUUGUGAACAGGCUAUUCAGGGUACCAAGACUCUCAUGAACAAAAUAGCUGAAGAUGACCCAGAAGUCACCGCAGCAGAAGCUUUGGCUGAAGCCACUAGGACCUUUAAUAGCCGAGAACUGAUCCGAGGCUAUUCGCCCAUCCAACAUGCCCUUGGCCGUGCGCCUGAUGCUACCAGGCGACUUUUCCCUUGCGGCCCCAGUGAAUGUCCAGAGCUGCUGGUAGAGAACGCCUCUGGCGAGAUGGAUCGCCAGCUCCAGCGAAUGCAAAGUGCGGAAAAGGCCUUCCUAGAAUGGACGGCAAGCCAGAGACUCCAAAAAGCCAAGAACUCAAAACCCAGAGAUGUCACCAACUAUGAGCCAGGAGACCUAGUGUAUGUGUGGAGAAAGCAAGUGAGCGGCCAAGCAGCCAUUAAAGGUGGCUCGUUUGUGGGGCCAGCCCGCAUCCUGGCGGUGGAGCAACAUCGCUCUCCCGACGGGACCCACAAGCAGGGCAGCUCAAUUUGGUGCGUCAGAGGGAGAAGACUUCUCAAGUGCUCCCCAGAGCAACUACGUCGAGCCUCCGAGCGGGAGGUCCUCUUAGAAGAACUCCAUGCCAAGCAAUAUGAUGACUGGGACUUUGAUAGAGUAGCUCAACAACUUGGAGGGAACGAGUUUCUGGAUGUGUCCACCGAAGCCAACAGGGCGAUCCAGGAGUCCAACUUCCAGGCCUACGCCUUCUACAUCUUCAGGGGCACCCGUGUCACAGAGGAAGUGUUUGCAGCCACCGAGUGCACCUUCUGGAUGGAUGAGACCGCGGCCGUGGCCGUGGAGGUUCCCAUGCCAGACACACGUGCUGGAUCUGAACGAGCUCUUCGAGAUCUCCCUUCUUACUUUGCCAGUAGCUUGAAGAAACGGUCAGCAGUUGAAGUCUGUGAGCGUCACCUAUCUGAGGAAGAGCGACAACAGUUCCGAUCUGCAAAGGCCGUGGAAGUAAGUAACUUCAUAGCUGCCAAGGCUUUUGAAGCCCUUCCAGAGAAACUUCGCCCAGCACGCGAACAAGCAGUGAAGAUGCGUUGGAUACUGACAUGGAAGCAGAAGGAGGAUGGCAGCCGAAAGGCGAAAGCCAGAGCCGUUCUUUUAGGAUACCAAGAUCCCUGCUAUGAACAGAGAGCAACGACUUCUCCAACCACGACUCGCCAGACCAGGCAACUGCAGAUGCAAUUAGCCGCUUCAUGUCGCCACAAGAUGCGAAAAGGUGAUGUGACAGGUGCUUUCCUGCAAAGCAGGCCAUACCCUGAUGACCUUUUUUGUAUACCAUGCCCAGAGAUCUGUGAAAAGAUGGGACUCCCAGCAGAGUCAAUCACAAAAGUGAAGAAAGCCUGCUAUGGCUUAGUUGAUGAGUCUGAGAAAACACAGCUUCGGGCCUUGCUGGGAGGGGUCUCAUGGCACGCACAACAAGUUGCGCCACACUUCAGUGCUGAAGUCGGCUUGCUGUUGUCAGAGGUGAACAAGAGUACUAUCGAGACCAUUUGCAAGGCUAACAGAAUCUGCCGCAGCCCCGGAGCAGCAGAAGCAGCAGCAGCAAACAACGGAGAAGAUCUCCUCUUUUUUGCGAGAUUCCAACUGGCAGAAAUGAUGGGAGCUCAAGUCAAUGUGAGAGACAUCAACAGUGUCGUCAACCAGAUCAGUGGAUGUCUGGUUACUGACUCCAGGAAUGUGUACGACAAGUUAGAGACCGAGGUCUUGUCCGUAAAGGGCGCUGAGAAGAGAACAGACCUGGAGUUACUCUCCUUGAAAUCUGCCCAGAUUCGCAAUGCUGUGGAGAUUAGGUGGGUUCAUAGUGAAGCUCAGCUAUCAAAUGGACUGACCAAGAGCAACGAGCACAAGCAACUGCACCUGUUCUACCGCAUGGGCCACAAGUGGCGCAUAGUCGAAGAUGAAGAAAGAGCGUCAGCUCGGAAAAGGAAACUGCUAGGCCUGGAGCCUCUUGAAAACAGAAAGAGUCAAGGGCAAGAAAUCAAGCCUGAGACACCAUGGAAACCCACGGAAUGA